AUGCCACAUCGAGAGCAUAAUAUUCCAGCUAGUUCAACAUAUGCUGGAGGUUCAACGUAUGCUGGAGGUUCAACGUAUGCUGGAGGUUCAACGUAUGCUGAAGGUUCUACACUUGCUGGAGGUUCAACACUUGUUGGAGGUUCAACAUAUGCUGGAGGAAGAGCUUCUCUCGUACAAGCCACAAAUAUGUCGAGUAGAUUAGGUGCACAUAGUCUUUAUUUUCGCUUCUUUCAAUUAUUGAUAAAAGUAUAA